GGAAUCUGUUCCAACAAGUAGUUCAGGGUCUGAGACUCAGAGGAAACAUGGCCACCUCCAGAGCUCUGCUGUCUCUCUCCAGAUCUCUCCAGCCCGGGUGGGGAGGACGGCUGGGCAGCGCUGUGAAGGUUUCUGGAGCAGCAGCCUCAAGUCGAAGAGAUAAAUCAACACACACUGGACAAAUCAUACCUCCUCCAGCCAGGUAUGGCGGCAGACACACAGUCACACUUAUUCCCGGGGAUGGGAUCGGCCCAGAGCUGCUCAACCACGUCCGGGAGCUCUUCAGGUUCAGCUGUGUUCCUGUGGACUUUGAGGUGGUAAAUGUCAACUCGUCCCUAACUAAUGAGGAUGACAUCAACAAUGCCAUCACAGCCAUCCGGCGCAAUGGAGUCGCCCUCAAGGGCAACAUUGAAACAAACCACACACUUCCCCCUUCACACAAGUCGAGGAACAAUCUUCUCCGCACUGGUCUGGACCUGUAUGCCAAUGUGAUGCACUGCCAGUCUCUUCCCGGGGUGCAGACGCGCCACAAGAACAUUGACAUCAUCAUUAUUAGGGAGAACACAGAGGGCGAGUACAGCAGUCUGGAGCAUGAGAGUGUACCUGGGGUGGUGGAGUCUCUGAAGAUCAUCACACGGAACAACUCUCUGCGUAUCGCCGACUACGCCUUCAGGCUGGCCAGAGAGAAGGGGCGGCGCCGGGUCACGGCCGUGCACAAGGCCAACAUCAUGAAGCUGGCUGAUGGACUUUUCCUCCAGUGCUGUAAGGAGGUGGCCUCCGGAUACCCUGACAUUACCUUUGACAGCAUGAUUGUAGAUAACACCACAAUGCAACUCGUUUCCAAGCCCCACCAGUUCGAUGUCAUGGUGAUGCCCAAUCUCUACGGCAACGUCGUCAGCAAUGUGUGCGCUGGUCUGGUGGGAGGGCCUGGCUUGGUACCUGGAGCCAACUUAGGCAGCGAUUACGCAGUGUUUGAAACGGCUACUAGAAACACUGGGAAGAGUAUUGCUGGUCGAAACAUUGCCAACCCCACUGCAAUGCUACUGGCCAGUUGUCUCAUGUUGGACCACCUUAAACUUCAUGCGUAUGCCAGUAUGAUCCGCAGUUCCAUCUUCACUACAAUGAAUGAGACUCAGUUGCACACAGCGGACAUUGGGGGGCAGGGCACCACCUCUGAAGUCGUGCAGUCCAUCAUGAGGAACAUCCAGAGCGGAGGACCUCUCACCACAGAGCUCUGAUCCAGCAAUUCAACAACACACCAGAUUCACUCGAUGGACCGGCUUCUUGUGGACCUCGCCCUGUCUCUGUUUUGAAUAGAGCUUCUUCCAGCUGAGCGCUAAGCUUUCACUAUUUAAGCCAGCUAUUCGGAUGUGAGGAGUGGAAUUAGAGAGGGGAUGAAAAUCUCUUUAUACCACAUGCGUGUGCAGGUAGGGUGCAGGCAGGAGCUCCAGAGCUGGUUUGGAUCCGUAUUGUAUUCGUGUGACCUCUGCCUUGAUUGGUUUCCAUCUUGGUUCUGCUUAAAACUUGUAUUGGAUUGUAUUGGAUUGACUGUGUGUUUAUGUGCCUUUUAUAUGUAUUUAUUUAUACACUACCGGUUAAAGCUUUUGGAUCACCUGUAUUGUUUAGUAGCUUUUGCAAUCUUAAAGGAGAACUCUGAUGUAAAACAUAAGACUUUUGCUGUAGUAAAACAUGAUAAAAAGUUCUUACCUUUGAUGAUGAAUAGCACACCUCCGUUCUUCUUCAUUCUAAGAUACAGAAAUUUUAACAGUCUGUCCAACAAACAGCCUUCAGACUGGGUGACACAGGGCAUAAUUUACCCUAAUAAAUCACUUUUUACACCGUUAUCCAGCUCUAAGUAGCUCCACACCUCCUUGCUAGAAUCUGGAGAGCGCUGACAUUUAACGUAUUAAAAACCACAGUUUACAUCCUAUAACGCUGCUAGCUUCAGCUCUUAAAGCUGCCAUUACUCCUGGCACCAGCUGCUACACUAUGUAAAAAGUCUACAUGCCCCGUGUCACCCAGUCUGAAGGGUGUUUUUUGGACAAACUGUUAAGAUUUCUGGAUAUCGGAACGCUGUGGGAGAACGGAGGUGUGAUAUUUAUCAAUAGUAAGUACUUUUUAUUAUGUUUUACUACACCAUAUUGACCAAAAGUCCUCCUUAAAGAGAGUUCUCCUUAAAUAAUAACAUUUAUUUUAUUAUUAUUGCAAAUCUUCACCUUUCAGACCUCUAAUUUAAUUCAAUUUAAAUCACUGCUGAAACUGAAGAGAUUUGGUCUAACCAUGUUAAGCUAAAGAGCUAAAGGCUAAAGCUAAAGCUGCUGUUUCCAUGUGGGUCAGCCAGACGUGAAUCUUACUGUAGCAGUUUUCUCCAGUUUCCAAGAGUCUCUCUGUAAUUUCUUGAAAGAAAAGAACUUCUACUUUUAUUAGUUACAGAGUUACCCGUGUUUUUGUGUCUUUUUCUAGAUAUUAUGAUAAUGAUAAUAAUGAUGAUGAUGAUGAAAGUGUGUAAAUGCUGCUGUAGUAGAGAGUAACAGCAGUAACUCCAUCUGUUCCAGCACUACAGCUUUACUACAGACUUUACUAAAGAAUUUGUAAGUUCUCUUUAUUUUGCAUACAUUUCCAAAGCUCAGUUUAUUUAUAUCCAUUGCUACAGAUCAGCUGCAAGCUUUUAACCAAUGACUUGUUUCCUGAAAAGCACACUCAACACUUUUAGGUUAUUUACUGUAUUUGCAGAGAUUAAACAAAAAAACAAACAAAUAGAAAAUAUUUAGGGGUGUUCUAAAAGUUUUGACCGGUAGUAUAUUAUAUUAUUAUAUAUAUGUUCUAUAUAUGACUCCAUAAUAAGUAAAAAUAAUAAAACAUUCCAUGGUUGACUUUAGGCGGAGGUUUAAAGCAUACUUGGAUCCUAAAACAAUUGUUUUUUUUCAAUAUAGAGGCUUUUAAUAUGCUCUCUCAUUUCUACUAUGGCACCUUACUGCUGCAAGGCUGAUAUAAUCACAAUAUAGAACUACAAUAUUGAUAUUACAUUUAUAUAUUACAUAUGACUCUAUACUCUAUACUCAUAUUGUAGUACUGUUUUUCUUUGUAUUUCUAAGCACAGUUAUACAAAUGCACAAUAUACAAACAAACAGUUAUUUAUCUAUCAGACUGUGUGGGGUUUCUGGUGCAGACAGUCACUUCUUUAAGCUCUGUUUGCUUUUGCUUAGUCACACUGCUGCUCUACUGAAAUUAUCUGAUGUAUAAAACAGCUACUGCACUGUUUCACGAAGCUCCUGUGUGGUAUGUGAUGCUAAUAAUAAAGCGGUUCCAUAAAACUCUG